GGUGAAUGUUGUUCCGAGGAGGAAGAGGAGGUCGGAGGAGGAGGAUUAGGAGGAGGCGGAGGAGGAGGAGGAUGAGGAGGAGGAGGAGGAGGAGGAGGAGGAGGAGGAGGAGGAGGAGGAGGAGGAGGAGGAGGAGGAGGAGGAGGAGGAGGAGGUGGAAGAGGAGGAGGAGGAGGAGGAGGAGGAGGAGGAGGAGGAGGAGGAGGAGGAGGAGGAGGAGGAGGAGGAGGAGGAGGAGGAGGAGGAGGAGGAGGAGGCAGAGGAGAUGAAGCUGUGUCGUACCACUUGGCUAUCA